AUGGCAGAUAACAAUGAGAUUCCACCACCCGUGGUGAGGUUUGGCGACACUCUGAGAUCGGGAAUUGAGUACCCAGGGGAGUGUGCCUACGCAAAUGACAACGUCAACAUUCCACCUCACUACAUCAGUUUGGUGAAUGGAGGAAAUCUUUUCCAUGGACGGGAUGAUGAAGAUCCGGUGAGUCAUUUGAAUGCCUUCUACGAGCUGACAAAUUCUCAUAGACCUCCAAAUGUGGAGCAUCAUCGGAUUAAGAGGGCCUUAUUUCCAUUCUCAUUGAGGGAGAAGGCAAGAGCGUGGUAUGACUCACUCCCGGGCUACAACAUAGCAACGUUCCAAGAGUUGAAGACGUUGUUCCUCUUGGAAUACAAUUCUCCUAUGAAGAUUGAGAAGUUGAGAGAGGAGAUCACCUCUUUCCGACAGAAGUAUGACGAGUCCUUCGCGGAAGCAUGGAAGAGAUUCACGGAAUUGAUAAGGAAAUGCCCAAGUCACGGACUAGCUCCGGGGCAUGACCUUUUGAAAUUCUACAAGGGACUCAACAGUGAAGGCACGGGAUUGGUGACUGCAGGUUCGAAUGGGAACCUAGAUGAUCUAACUCACGAUGAGGUGAGGGCUUUGUUUCAAAGGCUGGCCAACAAUCAACGGAAUUGGCACAAUCCAAGGCGAGGGGCUGAUAGAGCAGGAGAUACAUUUGGUGCUACAAAGGAUGCGGAAAGAGUGACCGCAAUUGAGGCUCAACUGGCGGACAUUAGCACUCAAAUGUCGUCGAUGACAAAGGCAGUUAAAUCUCUUCAACUGACUCCUCAACCCCAAGCUGUGACGUGCCCAAGUCUUCAAGGACCACCUGUGGAAGAUGUGAACUAUAUUGGCAACAAUCGCCAAGGGUUCAAUCAGGGCAACCAAUACAACAAUCAGCAAAAUUGGAGGCCUCAACAAACGGGAUGGAAUCAGGCUGGUCCUAGCAACAACUCGGGAAAUCAAUGGAGGAACAACACUCAACCGCCGGGUUAUGAGAAGAAGCCAACCGUCGAGGAUCAGUUGGGGCAGAUUCUCUCUUUCAUGACUAAGAGUCAAAAGGAGAACGAAAAUUUCAAGGAAAGGACGGUGGAAAAGUUUGGGCAGAUGGAUGCGACAAUGAGGAAUCUUGAGACGCAGAUAGGGCAGCUUGCCACGGCAUCACACACGAGGAUUCCUAACACCAUCCCGAGCAAUACCGUACCUAAUCCGAGAGGCAAUGAACAGUGUAAGGCAGUGGUCUUGAGAAGUGGUCGUGAGUUGGAUUCGACACCAUCAAUGGACGGCCAAGAAAAGAAGGGAAAGCAGAAAGUAGAGAUGGGAUCAAAGGGACAGCUGAUGACAAGUCCGGCAUUAGACCCGAAAAGCAAGUUCAACUUCCCUGAUCACAUUCCUCCUCCACCAUAUCCACCGAAGAGGAAGAAGAGAGCUCCAAAGGAGAAAAGCUUCGAGUGGAUGAUGAACGUGAUUCGAAAAGUGAAUGUGGAUGUAUCGUUGGUGGACCUCUUCACUAAUUUCCCCAAGUUCUCCAAGUUCUUCAAGGACAUGAUGGCAAACAAGGAGAAACUUCAAGACGAGGGAAUAGUGGCAUUGAGCAUGAAUUGCUCACAACUGAUUUCGGGAAUGAUGCCCAUGAAGAAGAGGGAUCCGGGAAGUUGUGUGAUUCCUUGUGAGAUAGGCAACACAAUUUUCACCAAAUGUCUAUUGGAUCAAGGAUCGGGGAUCUCACUGAUGGCGUUGAAAACAGCACGUGCCAUUGGACUGGAGAACAGAAUGGAGCCCAUCGACAUUGCUCUACAAUUGGCUGAUCACUCCAUUGUGAAGCCCACAGGAAUAGUAGAGGAUGUCUUGGUCAAGGUAGACAAGUUCGUCAUCCCCGUUGAUUUCAUAGUAUUGGAUAUGCCUGAGGACAAAGAGGUGCCAAUUCUGUUUGGCAGACCGUUUCUUGCCACAGGGGACGUGUUGCUAGGAGCAAAGGACAACUCAGUCACGUUUAGAAUUAAUGGUGAGCAAGUGACCAUUAAUGUGGAGAAAGCGAUGAAGCAUCCUAGUGAUGCAAAAGCGUGCUUUAGAGUUGAUGUCCUCGACAAUGAGGAUGCUCAAAUUGAUCAACCAAGUCUCGAGAAUGAAUGUGUGGUGGAUACUUUCGUGGCGGAUGUGCAGCCUUCAAUUGAAGUACCACCAAAGCUAGAAUUGAAGCCACUCCCGACAAAUCUGAAAUACGCAUUCCUUGGUGAGAAUGAAUCUUUACCGGUUGUGAUAUCGGCGAUGUUGAAUGAUGAAGAAGAAUUGAAGUUGAUAGAGCUACUGAAGUCACACAAGAAAGCUCUAGGUUGGUCCAUUGCCGACAUCAAAGGAAUUAGCCCCGCAAUAUGCAUGCAUAAAAUCUUGAUGGAAGAUGGAGCUAAGCCG